AUGUCUAUAAUUACAAAUAGAGUAGCAUUAUCAACUAUAAAAGAUAGUCAAUUAAAUUCAUCAAACUCAACAACCCCAAUUAAAAAUAAAUUUUUGAAAAGGCGAUAUCCUGACUUGAUAGCUAAAUCGUUUUCCAUUGAACAAUCCGGCACUUAUUAUGGAAGUAAUUAUAGAGAUGAUGACGAAACACCAACAGCUAUAAAAUCAAAUAGUUUUAGUUUCAAUUCUUCAGAAAAAUUACCAACUUUGCAUUCAAAUUCAUCAAAUGAUCUUGCAGGAUUAGCAGCUACAAAAUUAAAAUUAAAAUUACAAUUUGCACUUUAUAAAUUAAAACAAAACAAGACCAACAAAGUAAAUUCAAAUUCCAUAUUAAGUCCAUUGAAUUCAAGAAAAACUACACCUAAUUCUUCACCAAAUUUUGAUUCGAAUUAUCAUCAUUCAAAUUUAUGGUCAUCAUUACCAACUCCGCCAGAACCACCAAAAUAUUAUACAAAAUCGAUUAAUGUUAAUUUACAAUAUGAUAAUAAAUUGGAGACUUCACACACCUCUUUAACAAAAGUUGCAAAUGAUAAAUUCAAAAAGCAAAAGAAGCUUAAAUUAUUUCAAAUUAAAAAAAACAGUAUCUAUUAUUCCAGCAAUACCAAGAAAUUACCGUUAAUACGCAAAAAGCAACAGAUUGAAACUCAAAAAUCAAUGAAUUCAUUUAUAAACAACUUAAUUUAUCAACCGUCAAUAACAACCUCACUUCCCUCAAUAACUUAUCCAAAAAAUAAUUUCGAACUUCAAUUGCCAUCCAUUAACAAAAUCUUGAAAACUCCAAUAAAACAAGCCAAUUUAUCAUUCACAAAUGCAUCAAGAAUGCCAACAACUAUUGAUGAUACAAUAGAUGAUGAUAAUGAUAUGACGGUAUUACAAAACUCAACCUAUCAAAAUACCACAAAAGAUAAUGAUGAGACGAAAUUACAAUUAGAUGAAGAAGAAGAAGAUGAACUGGAGGAGGAACAUAAUACUAAAACUGUAUUGACUUCAUCACCUUUUAAUAAUCAUUUAGGGACUCCAAAUAGUUUUAGCGUUGCAAAAUCUUUACUACAAUUGGGUGGUCAUAGAAUGUAA